AUGACGGUCACGGAAUCUAAACCACCGCAAUACUACGAUCACACUUUAACUCCACUUCCCGUCGACGCAACCUCGCUUGCUGAAGCUCUGCAAGAGCUUCGCGUCGCCGUUCGCAAUGGUUCUGAGAUGAUCCAGGCGAAUGAGCCAAUCCCUGAGAAAUGGAAUGUCGGUGGCAUGUUUCUUCAUUUCCAAGGAGUUGCCCUUGCGUUCUUGCGCCUUGACUACCAAUCCUCUGUGCUAGGGGACAAGGGCAUAACUUCUCCGGAUUACCGCGAUUUCGCGCUGCAGAGGAUCCCCUCGGGUUUCCCCGAUUUUCCUUUACUGCCGUCACGCCUAUCUCCUGCGGGGUCGUUCUCUCCACUAACCGCCGUCUCGCUCCGUAUAUUUUCGACGCUGGCAAAGGUCGAUUGGAAGCUUGAUGCCAAGCCCAGUCUGCCUCAGGAAGACAUCACUUGUUUACAAGAUGCGCUUACCAUGGCGCUGCAGAAUGAGCCUUUGGUUGUCCAUGAUGAUAAAAAGGCAGGAGCGGACGAUAUACUCUAUGGCCGAGCAGGACUCUUGUGGCUGUUGAUAAACAUAAGAGCCCGUCGAUUCAGCAGCGAAACUGAGGAUGCUCUCGCACCCAUCUUUGCUGCUAUUCCGUCACUCGUUCGAGUGAUUAUUGAGGCCGGUCGACAAAGCGCGAAUGAGUACAUGGAAAGGCAUGGACCCGAGGGCGCGCAACCAUUGAUGUAUCCCUGGUUGGAAGGACAUAAUUUUUUCGGAGCGGUUCAUGGCUCAACUGGAAUCCUUACCGUCCUUCUUGCAUGUCAACCUAAAGAGCUUAAGCCUUAUCUUGUCGACAUCGGAUCCACCAUAACGGAGCUCUGCAAGCUCAGCAAUCUCCAGGAUGGCCAUCUCCCAAUGGCACGGCCUCCGUUCAGCUACGGACAAACUUCCGAAUUUGUUCAGCUCUGCCACGGUGCCCCGGGUCUUCUUAUUCUCCUAGCAGCCGCCCUAAAGAACGAGCAUCUCACUCGAGACUUCUGGACCCCCGAGUGGGAUGAGACAAUCUAUCUAGCCUCUCAGCGUAUCUGGGAGGAAGGUCUAUUGUCCAAAGGAGCUAGUCUGUGCCAUGGAAUUUCCGGAAACACAUGGCCAUGGCUCUUGCUGUACAAUACCUUCGAGUAUCACUCCACAAUUCGAAAUGGGGCUAGACGCGGGUACGCUGAGCGAAAUGGCGCGCCCACUUCAUCAAGUGAAGAUUUGAACGAAAAGCUCACACCGGACUUCUUCCUUUCGAGAGCCCUACCAUUCAUGCUGCAUUCUCGAGAAACUCGUCCCUACAACACCGUGCCUCCGACCUCAGGCAAGGAAUACAGCAUGCCUGAUCAGCCUUACUCCUUGUUUAAUGGUCUUGCGGGCAACUUGUGUGCCUGGGCAGAGACAUGUGCCGUGAUCCAGGCAGAGCUUCGAAAAAUGGAACUGAGCGAAAAGGGAGAUGCAUUUGAGGAUGACAGUAUCUUCCAGAAAGCUAUUCAUAGCCAGCUUGGCUUCCCUCUCCUUGGUGGAAACGGUGCCGUUGGUCUUCUCUAG